UCCUGCUUUCAAUUCAGUUCAAGCCAGUGCAGUCGAUUUGUACGUAUGUAUACAUUACGCGUAUGUCGGAAAUUUGUGCAUCCGGUGUCACUGGUAUUAUAUUGGAGUAUAUUGGUUUGCCAAACGGUGCGAGCGCGAAAAUCUCCACAAUUCGUCGUGCUGUAAAUCCUUUUUGCGAAUUGUGGUGUUGAUGUGCUCAAUAUGAGUGUAGAUAAUAUGUUGAUCUCGACCAUUACAGUCGAAGACUCGGAGACGGAGGUGGAAGUGGUCGACCUAAACUCGAACAGUGACACUACUGAAAUGAUCUGUCGUGAUUAUAGCUCGAGUUAUGAUUCCAAGAACACCGAGCAUUCGUCUUCAGACGAUACCGAUGCCAAUGUGACCUGCCCGCUCAAAAAUUCGAAAUCGACUCGUUCAGACGAUGGCGUUUCCCAGCCCGCUUUUAAGGUUAUGUUUCGCGAUGAAGAUAUGUCGAGACAAUAUCGAAAGAAGAUAAAAGAUUUUUUGUACGAUUUAAUACAGUCGAAACCAUCUCCUAAAGAAGAUGCAGAUACAUCAAGGUUAAUUCUAGAAAUUUGGGAUAACAAAGCUAAUAGCGAAGAUAUGGAUUCAUACCUUAGUACAGAAAAUAAUGAUUCUUUGCAUAGCCUACCACCUAAUGAUACUAAUGGUGAAUGUAAUUUGUUUACAAUUGAUAAUCGACCAAAUAUAAACGAUCAUUUGGAUAUUCCAGCAUAUGGUCAGAAAUACGAGAAUUCAUUUAAGAAAUCGGAUUCUGAAGCGUUAAACGAUUGUGUACCAAAGCUGAAUUGUUUCAACUGCAAUGGAAAUCAUAAUAUGCGAGAUUGCCCGUUACCCAGAAAUCAAGCUAAUAUUAAUAAAAAUCGUAAAGAGUUUGUCGCGAAAAACAAUUCAGGAGUCCGGUAUCACUUGAGUGACGAUCAAAGAUUCAGUCAUAUGAUCCCUGGCCAAUUAAGCUCAAAACUACGUCAAGCUUUAGGACUGAAAGACAAUCAACUACCUGUUCACAUAUAUCAAAUGAGAUUACUUGGCUACCCUCCAGGGUGGUUGGAAGAAGCACGCUUACAACAUUCUGGAUUAUCACUGUUCAAUUCCGACGGAGUAGCGGAGGCUGAUCCAAAUGACGAGGAAGGAGAAAUAAUUGCGACUGGGGAUAAAGAUCAAUAUGACUUGAAAAAGAUACAUGAGUUUCCCGGUUUUAAUAUACCGCCACCUCCUGGCACCAUUGAUGAUAGCAACAACAAAUAUUGGAUACCGCAGAUGCGGCCUAUGCACAGCAAGGAAAUGAUGUUGCUACAGUUGCAAGGUAAAAAAGCAGAGAAUGGUUACAAACGGAAGAAACUAAAGUUAUCUGCACCAGUGACUAACGCUUCGGAAAUACCUAGUGAUAUGGAGAUAGAAGAUGCGGAAGAUAGUGUCGUGGAAAAUGUGCCUAUUGAUGACCAUUUCAUACCGCCAUUACCAAAAGAAUCGGUGCCGACGCCGCCAGUACCACCGUCGUCAGGAUCAUUCGAAUCGAUAGCGGAAGAUUCAGACUCGCAGUCUCGAGACGCUUCCUUAGGUUCUGCGGACGACGCAACUGCAAAUUCACCGUCUUUAUCCGAGUUGGAAAGUGCAAAAAAAGAAUUGCUCAUAGAACUUGAAGAUAUGAGCUCGAGUUCCAAUUGCACACCGCUCAAGAGUGAUUUGAUGAAUAUCACGCCCGAGUCGGAAGCACCGUACUCCGAUAUAACGUCCCAGUCCGAUUACUCUUCUUCUCUGCAAAGAUCUUUAAAUCAGGAUCACAUCGCGAAGUCGAGUUCACAGGGCUCGUCUGAUCCGUCAAACGAUCUGAACAGCACGUUUACAUCGGACACAUCGCUUCUCGAUACGUCCAAUUCCGAUUUAGUUUCUCCUGCUCCGAAAAACACCUCAAAUCCAAGCCAGUGUGUCAAAGUGCACUUAGGUACACCGAUAUUGCAAAGUAAUUCACCGUACAACAAGUUACCAUCGUCGGAGAAGUUCUCCCAAAAUAUAUGCAAUGUCAUCAACUUCGAAAAUCUGCCAGACGCAACGGGUAAAUACGAACAAAUGUCAGGAGUCUUGCAAAGAGUUCGAAGCACCAUAGCAAAAUUGAACCAACAGACGUAAAUUGAUUUAAGGCGGAACACUAUUAGUGAGUAUAAAAUAUUUAUCCGUAUGCUUCAAGCAGAAAACAAUAUUCGCGAUGAAUGUUAUGAGACGCUAUUAUAAAAAGUAAUUUUUCCCUUUGAUUUGACGUGAAGGAAUAUACUUGUGAAUGUCCUGUAUAAAUUGUACAUAGAUAAUUUUUCGUAUUUAAUGUAUUCGUAAUUAAUGUAUUAUAAGAUUAAGUGUGCUUAGACACAUAUCAGAGAGUUCUCGAAAACAUUUGCGAGGGAUUCUCUCUAUCUUUAUGGACGUAUAUACAGUAGACACCCGUAUAACGCCUAUACAACGCCCGUAUAAUGUAGACCAUAUUGCAACAAUUAUAUAGCAGCUCAUAUAACGCGAUAAAUCAGCUUUGUUAAUAGACAUUAUAUAUAUUUGACGUUAUGUAUGUGACGAAACACGAAGAAAAGCUAGGAGAUUAUUAGAAAUGGAUUUGUAACAAAUCACUUUUGCCACCACUGUUUCGUAUUUAGUUUUAUUAAUAAUUUACCUUUUAUUUGCGUUGCGAAACAUAUAUCUAUACAAAUUAGUAAUAUACGCAUGUGAGAAGAUGCGAUUAUUAUUUCGUAUCGUUGAACGUGGAAGGAGAUGAUAUUAUUGAUAAAAAUGCAUGAAGCGAAAAGAUUUUAUAUUGAGUGAGGUUUAUAUUGAGAUUCUACUAUACACGGAUUCAUAUAACGUGGAACGUAUUUCCCGUGUUAUAUGGGAGUCUACUAUAUAUGUAUGUAUGUAUGUAUGUGUGUGUAUCCGUCCUACAGAUGCAAUAGCACUUUAAAAAAAAAUUUUUCUUCUACAGACUGUAAUAAUAUUUGAUAACAUUGCACAUACUUAUUGGUCUUUUGCGGUCUCUUGUUUUCCUUCCAAAUUUUUAUCGAAAUUCUCAAGAUAAGGAUUUAACGAAAGAUCUUAAAGAUUGCUUCCUAAGAAGAAGCGAUGGUAUCCUUUUUGUCAAUUCACAGCACAAAUGCAACUAUUGCCGAAAUUCAGGAUAUUGAUGCAUGUCUUCCUCCAUCUUGCCAUUGGCAUGGCCCACGAAACAAAUUUGUGAGAUUUCUUGUAUUGUAUAAUUAUGUCAUUAGAUAUACAUAACAUAGAAAUUAUUAUUAUAUUUUUGAUUUCUAUAUUCUAUUAUUUCGACGAGAGAGAAAAAACUUUAUUCUUUUUUCUUCCAUAUGAAUUUUAGCUAUAUAUUUCUGUUUUAUUUCUUUUGGGUGAACAAUGUUGCAUAAUAUCAUUUGUUUUCAUAAGAAUGUACAAAUAUAUCUAAUUUUAGAAUACCAAAAUUAGAGUACAUUAUUGGAUAUGCAAAUUUACAGUAACCGUACAAAAAACGUUUGCUGCAUUGAUGAUCAUCUUUAAUCGAUCAUUGUUGACGACUUCGUGUCAUUAAAAGUAUAACGUGAUUCAUCAUAGACACAUGAGUAACAAGAUAAUACAUAUUUUACAUAUAAUUCAUUUAAACAUAGCAAAAAUUAAAUAUAUGUAUAUAUAUAUAUAUUUAUAAUAUACAUAAAAAGUGUAUGUAAUAAUUUUGUAUACAUAAAACGAGAUAGAGAAGAUAAAUCGAUGUAACCACCUUUUCGAAAGUACAAAAAAACUUGCAUCCAUACCAGUUACAGUUAAAUAUAAUUGCAAUGUUUAUUUAUAUAUUAGUUUUAUAAUUAAAUCUUUUUUUAUAUACAUGCAUUUAAUUUUAUUUAAUCCAGUUAUAUCAGAUAACAUUUAAUCCAGUUGUGAAUAAAACUGUAUAUAUAAUAUAAUAAAGCUGAAAUAUGUCACACAAACUCUGCUUGUGCGAUAUAUUUCCUACAGAUUAAGAAGA